AUGUCACGAUUUGUGGACGAUGAAGAGGCAGAGAUACAAGUCAGCUCUGGGCUUUCCGGAGUGGAGCAGUCGGUGAAAAGAGGCGCCGCUGAGAACGACGGCACUCCCGCCCCCGAUGCCGCCGCAGGAGUACCCGAGGAGGCCGACGAGGAGGCCACGAAGGACGCUGGCGCCCACCAUUACCGCAAGCGCAAGAGCUUGCAGGAGCAGCUGCUCAACAACCGCAUGUACAAGUACCGGGAGCGCCGGAAGAAGCUGGAGAAGCAGAACUCCUCCUUCAAGAUGCGCAAGGACACCCGUGAGUUUUACGGCAAGCUCAGCGCCGAGAAGCAGGCCAAGAAGCAGGCGGAGCGGGACACAUACAUGCGUGAGCUGGCUCUAUUUCGGCGCCAAAGGGAGAAACAGAAGCGUGCCGAAGAAGAAGCCGAAGGCGAAACUGAAGAGGAACAAGAUUUAGAGGAAGCCGCUGAGCCAGCUGCUGAGCCAGCUGCUGAGCCAGAAGAAGCCCCCGUCGCCGGCCUCGUUGCCUAUUCCGACUCCGAUUCUGAGUGA